AUGCGGCUCAAACGCGGUGUCGAGCGCGCCUCGUGCGAUUUUUGCCACGGCCGAAAGAUCCGGUGCGACCGGUCGGUGCGCGCCGCGCGCGGGAUCGACGGGUGCUCCGCGUGCGCGCGGCGAUCCCUGGCCUGUCUUGUCAACGAGUCGAACCACGCGGGACGCAGCGUGCGGCCGUCGCCGCCCGGCCAGCCGCAAAGCCCAGCAUCGCCAUCAUCAUCUACGCUUGUGGUGUCCCCGCCGGCCGUCGUCCCCUUUGCGGCGCACGAGAGCCUGUUUGGCCUCGACGCGGAGAGCGCCUUUUUUCUGGACCAAAUCUUCAUGGGACCGCUCGCCGCCGCCGAGUGGACGACGCGCGAUGCGUGCCCGGGUCUCGCCCCCGGACCCGCGGCGGCGGCGCCGGAGGAGGAGGAGCCCGCCGGCAUCGACCACUACCGCGACACGUGGCAGGGCCUGUCGCGCGCCGUCUUCCUGCGCGCCGUCCGGGCUUACUUUGCCUACGCGGCGCUGGCCCUGCCGCUGACGCUCGAGGACGCCUUUUGGGCGGACGUGCGGACGGGCGCCGCCAGCGCCGCGCUCGUCUGCGCCGUGGCCUGCCGCGGCAUGCCCUUCACCGGACACCGCGACCGGUGGCCGCUGCAGCGGCGCCUGGCCGUCCGGUUCAAGGACGUCUUCCUGCAGGGGCAGCAGCAGCAGGCCGGCGGCGCCCGGAGCACCACGCCGCUGGACGACGUCGAGGCGCUCGCGCUCAUGGCCGACUUUGCCUACGACGGGGCGGACGUGUCCGGGCCGGAGCGGCUGUUCCUGUCCAAGAAGGCGCUGGUCCUGAUGGCGCUGGAGAUGCGGCCGGCGACGACGGUGCUUUGUCGGGCCGCGGAGCGGCAUUCGCUGCUCUUCUGGCACGUGUAUGGGCUGGACGCCUUUGCCUGCCUGGAUGCGGGGACGGCGUCGCGCAUCCCCGCGACCGAGACGCUGCCGCACCUGCGGGACACGGGCUCGGGCUACCUGGACGCGGUGCUGUCGCUGGCCCUGGUCGCGCGCGCGAUCCUGCAAACCCUGAGCGGGUCGGCGCGCCACGGCGUCGCGUACGCCGACGUUGCGGCGCUCUACGAGCGGCUCGAGUCGUGGCGGGACGUCUCGUGCCCGCCUCGCCUGCGGCACUGGCGGGGCGGCGGCGGCGGCGACGAGGGCGAGCAUCUGCACGUCCAGCGGGCGGUGCUGCACCUGCUGCGCAUCAACUGCUACAUGCAGAUCGAGAACUGGGCUUCCGAGCAUGGCGUCGGCGCCGCGGCUAUGGAGGACCAGAUGACGGGCCCGCGCAUCGAGUUUGAGAGUCUCCGGGCCGUCAACGAGGGUGCUGAGCUUGCAGAGUGGCUGAAUGGCUGCCACGUGGGAGAGUUUGCCGUGGUGGACCUUGCGCCGAAUAUACUGAGAGAUAUCAAUGCCGGUCUGGGUGUUUGGACAUGCUUGCAUGGCAUACAGCAGCUUGCAAAGUCGUCGUAUCAUGUACAUGGGCAGUCUUUGAAGUGUGCAUUGGAGACGCACUUGGAAACGGCACGCUUGUUUCGCUCGACGGUUGCAACGGCCGUUUCGCAUCGUGACACGACUACUGUGCUUGAGAGGGUUGAUGAACAAGUAGCUGCUCUGCAAACACACAUGGAAUAG